CAGUUCUCUCCUUUGUGCAGCAGAGUCUGAUCACCUUACGAACAUCUCAAAUGGCUUUCGCUCUCACCACCUCUCGCAAGGCUCUGCAGGUCGCAUGCAAGGCGACCGGCAAGAAGGCCGCUGCUAAGCCGGCUGCCCCCAAGAGCUCUGGCAUCGAGUGGUAUGGCCCGAACCGCGCUAAGUGGCUCGGCCCCUACAGCGAGAAUGCCACCCCUGCCUACCUGACUGGCGAGUUCCCCGGUGACUACGGCUGGGACACUGCCGGCCUGUCUGCUGACCCUGAGACGUUCAAGCGCUACCGCGAGCUGGAGCUGAUCCAUGCGCGCUGGGCCAUGCUUGGCGCUCUGGGCUGCGUGACCCCCAAGCUGCUGUCCAAGAACGGCGUGCAGUUCAGUGAGGCUUUGUGGUUCAAGGCCGGCGCUCAGAUCUUCCAGGAGGGCGGCCUGGACUACCUGGGCAACCUGUCGCUGGUGCACGCUCAGAACAUUGUCGCGACGCUGGCGUGCCAGGUGGGCGGGAGGGACGUGGCUGCAUGCUUAGGAAUGUGUCCGGUCGCCUUACUUGUUAGCUGGCUAGGUGAAACAAGGUGA